AUGGAGCUCGCCGCGCUGCUCCUGCUCCUCCCCUUCCUCCUCGCCGGCCUCCUCUGCCUCGGGAAGAAGGACGGCGGGGUCGAUGCGCGGCGCCUCCCUCCGGCUCCUUGCGGCCUGCCCGUCAUCGGCAACCUGCACCAGGUGGGCGCGCUCCCACACCGCGCCCUGCGCGCGCUCGCCGCCGCCCACGGCGCGCCCGACCUCCUGCGGCUCCGCCUCGGCCAGGUCCCCGCGCUGGUCGCCUCCUCCCCGGCCGCGGCCGCCGAGCUCAUGCGGGCGCACGACCACGCCUUCGCCACGCGCCCCUACUUCCGCACCGCCGAGAUCCUCACCUACGGCUUCCGGGACCUCGUCUUCGCGCCCCACGGCGAGCACUGGCGCCACGUCCGCCGGCUCUGCUCCGAGCACGUCCUCAGCGCCGCCCGGUCGCGCCGCCACAGCGCCAUGCGAGAGCGGGAGGUGGCCGCCCUCGUCCAGGCCGUCGCCGACCGCGCCGCUUCUUCUUCUUCUUCCGCCGCCGCCGUGGUCGACGUGAGCGGGGCGCUGUACCGGUUCGCGAACGACGUGAUCUGCCGGGUGGUCUCGGGGGCUAGGCUGUCGAGAGAGGAGGAGGGAGGAGGAGGGAGGAGCGAGCUGUUCAGGGAGCUGAUCGAGGAGAACACGGCGCUGCUGGGCGGGUUCUGCGUCGGCGACUACUUCCCGGCGCUGGCGUGGGCGGACGCGCUGCUGUCCGGCGGCGGCGCGAGGGCGUGGAGGAACUUCAGGCGGUGGGACGAGCUGCUGGAAAAGGUGGUCGUUGAACACGAGGGGGCGAGGAGCGGUGCCGGCAUGGAGGAGGAGGAGGACUUCGUGGACGUGCUGCUGGCACUGCGGGAGGACGGGCACGGGCACGGGCAGGACGGGUUCGAGCUGAGCAGGGACAUCAUCAAGUCGCUAUUGGCGGACAUGUUCGCGGCGGGAACGGAAACGACAUACAUCGCGCUGGAAUGGGCCAUGUCGGAGCUGAUGAGGAACCCCGCGGCGAUGCGGAGGCUACAGCAGGAGGUGCGCAGCGCCGCCGCCGCCGCAUCGGCCGGCGGCAUCGCCAAGGCCGACGCGCUCGGCGCGGCCACGGCGCCCUACCUGAAGGCGGUCGUGAAGGAGACGCUCCGCCUCCACCCGCCGGUGCCGCUGCUCCUGCCCCGCGACUGCAUGCAGGACGCCGCCGUGCUGGGCUACCACGUCGCCGAGGGCACGCGGGUGUUCGUCAACGCCUGGGCCAUCAACCGCGACCCAGGCUCCUGGCACGCGCCCGAAGAAUUCCUCCCCGAAAGGUUCUUGGAGAGCGAGGUGGACUUCAGGGGCGGGCACUUCGAGUUCAUACCCUUCGGGGCCGGGCGGAGGAUCUGCCCCGGGAUGCAGUUCGGGCUGGCGACCGUGGAGCUCGCGCUCGCCAACCUGGUGCGCCUGUUCGACUGGGAGCUGCCGGACGGCAUGGCGCCGGAGGAGCUCGACAUGUCGGACGCGCCCGGGCUGACCACGCCAAGGCGGGUGGGCCUCCGGCUCGUCGCGAGGCCCGUUCGAGUGGGAUCAUGA